AUGAGUGGCUUCUUCUCACUGCAGAUUAAUCUGGACAGUACCAUGAAGGUUAUUAGCAGGAGAUCCAUUUUGGUGGCUUACGGAGAGCCCGUGCACCCCAUCAUGCAGUUCGACCCUUCUGAUUCCACCUACCUCUAUCUGAUGACCUCCUAUCAGAUGACGCGGGUGAAGGUGGCUGCCUGCAACCAGUACUCGACAUGCACGGAGUGCCUGGCUGCCGCUGACGCCUACUGCGGGUGGUGCACGAUGGAGACCAGGUGUUCUCUGCAGCACGAGUGCGCGAACUUCACAGGGGCCAACUUCUGGGCGAGCGCAAGUGAGGGAGUGCAGCAGUGCCCUUCCAUGACCAUCUUGGAACCCGAGAUUAGUGUCGACAAAGAGAACCCGGCCCUGAUUAUACAAAUAAAUGGGACUAUCCCGAACCUGAAUGGAACAAAUAUUUCAUGUGACUAUGGAAAUAAUAUCCACACAGUAGCCAGAGUUGCUGGGGAUUAUGUAAACCAAUUUAUUUACUGCAGUUUACUUCCACGCGAGAAAUAUCCAGCGUUUCCAGACGACCAAGACCACGUGGUCGUCGAAACUGCUCUCCGGGUCAACAGCAAAAACAUUAUCCGGGCCAAUUUCACCAUCUACGAUUGCAAAAGAACUGGGAACAUUUACCCGAAGAGAGCGUGCACCAGCUGCCUCUCGACCAGGUGGAAGUGUCACUGGUGCCCCUCCACCUACGCCUGUGUCUCCAACCGCUCGCAGUGUGCUGACGCGCUGAGGAUGCAGAAUAAAAUCGACUGUCCGCGAAUUGUACCUGCCUCGUUGGACCCAGUGCCCACAGGAGUGUCUCGGGACAUCACGAUCUCACUGGCCAACGCGACUUUCUCUCAGGAGACAGCUCUGGAGUGCCACUUCGGGACGGACAGGACGUUCGAAGCCCGGUGGGUGAACGCCUCUGCCGUGGAGUGCGUACACGUGCUGCUCCACACAUCAGAAAAAAGCCAUCUCUUCCCAGUGAACCUUCAGCUGAAGGACAGACCAGACAGAUUUAUCGACAGUCCAGAGAUGAUGACAGUGGAGGUGUAUAACUGCGCGACUGGGAGUGCCGACUGUUCCCAGUGCCUGGGGAGGGAGGACCUGGGGCACCGCUGCGUCUGGAGCGAGGGCAGCUCCAGCUGCCGGCUGCACGGCGAGCUUCCCCCGGUCUCAGACUUCUGCCCGGCUCCGGAGAUCAGGAAGCUUCCCGUGGUGCAGUCCAUAGCUCCCCUGAAUGGCCCGAAGGCUGGAGGAACCAGAGUGACCAUCAGAGGCAGCAGGCUGGACGUCGGCUCUGAGCUCCGUGUCCUCGUCAACACCUCCAAGCAGUGCACUGACCUCAGCCGCAGCGACAGCACCAUCACCUGCACCAUGCCGUCUGCGGAGCUCACCACGGCCGUGCAAGUCUGCGUUCAGUUCGAGAACAAGUCUUGUGCCAGCUACAACAUCACGUUCAAGUAUGAGAAGAACCCGAUUAUAUCAGACAUCAACCCCAAAAAGAGCCAGAUCAGCGGGGGCAGGAUCAUCACCCUGGAAGGAACAGGCUUUGAGCUGGUCCAGAACGUGUCCAUGGACGUCCGUGGCAUCGGCAGAGAGCAAACGAGCUGUAAGGUUCACACCGACACCAUGAUCACCUGCCCCUCUCCAGCUGCCUCCAACAUCACUGCGGGGAGCAAGCCUGCACCCGUCGAUUUCUAUCUCAACGGUCGCCUCUAUGCAGAUGAGCAUCCGGCUCUGGAUGAGGAGAUGUACCCUGAGGAGGCCUUGCACAUCAGCAAGUUCAGCCUGGAGUACUAUGCUGACCCCCAGUUCUUCACAGCCAAGAAGGAGAAGUGGAUCAAGCACCAUCCUGGCGAGCCCUUAACUCUGGUUAUACACAAAGAGCCUGACAGCCUGGGCCUGGAAAGCAACGAGUACCAAGUGAAAAUUGGCCUUAUCUCGUGCGAGAUCCAGAUUGUUUCGGACAAAGUCAUCCACUGCUCUGUCAACGAGUCGCUGAGCACCUCGGAAAGGCAGUUACCCGUGACGAUCCAAGUUGGAAAGUUCAACCACACAAUUGCCAUGCUGCACCUCGGGGGAGGAGAGACUGCAAUCAUCGUCUCCAUUGUCAUCUGCAGCAUCUUGCUGGUCCUCUCUGUCGUAGCUCUCUUUGUGUUUUGCACAAAGAGCCGCAGAGCGGAGCGCUACUGGCAGAAAACCCUGCUCCAGAUGGAGGAGAUGGAGUCGCAGAUCCGGGAGGAAAUCCGCAAAGGUUUUGCAGAGCUGCAGACAGACAUGACAGACCUGACCAAGGAGUUAAACCGCAGCCAGGGGAUCCCGUUCCUGGAGUACAAGCACUUUGUCACCCGGACGUUCUUCCCCAAAUGUUCCUCGCUCUACGAGGAGUGCUACAUCCUGCCGUCCCAGCAGCUCAGCUCCCAGGUGGGCUCCCAGGUCCAGGAAACCCAUCCGCUCCUGGUGGGGGAAUGGAAAAUCCCUGAAAACUGCAGACCCAAUAUGGAAGAAGGAAUUUCGCUGUUCUCCACCUUACUCAACAACAAGCACUUUCUCAUCGUGUUUGUCCAUGCUCUCGAGCAACAGAAGGACUUUGCUGUUAGAGACAGAUGUAACCUGGCCUCCCUGCUUACGAUUGCGUUGCAUGGGAAACUGGAGUAUUACACCAGCAUCAUGAAGGACCUCUUGGUGGAUCUAAUAGAUGCUUCAGCUUCCAAAAACCCCAAGCUGAUGCUGAGGAGAACAGAAUCUGUGGUGGAGAAGAUGCUCACCAAUUGGAUGUCCAUCUGCAUGUACAGCUAUCUCAGAGAGACGGUCGGAGAGCCCUUCUUCCUGUUGAUCUGUGCGAUCAAGCAGCAGAUUAACAAAGGCUCCAUCGACGCCAUUACGGGGAAAGCCAGGUACACCCUCAACGAGGAGUGGCUGGGGAGGGAGAACAUCGAGGCCAAGCCGAGGAACCUCAACGUCUCCUUCCAAGGCUGCGGGAUGGACUCCCUGAGCGUCAGGGCCAUGGACACGGACACACUCAGCCAAGUGAAGGAGAAGAUUCUGGAGGCGUUCUGCAAGAACGUCCCCUACUCCCAGUGGCCGAGGGUGGAAGACGUCGACCUCGAGUGGUUCGCCACCAGCACCGACAGCUACAUCCUCCGGGACCUUGAUGACACCUCGGUGGUGGAGGACGGCAGGAAGAAACUCAACACAUUGGCACAUUACAAGAUCCCCGAAGGGGCGUCGCUGGCCAUGAGUUUGUCAGACAAGAAGGACACGACGUUGAGCAGAGUGAAGGAUCUGGACACCGAAAAGUACUUCCACUUGGUUCUCCCAACUGAUGAGUCAGUGGAACAUAAGAAGUCCCACAGACAGAGCCAUAGGAAAAAGGUCCUACCGGAGAUCUACCUGACCCGGCUGCUCUCCACGAAGGGCACACUGCAGAAGUUCCUGGACGACUUAUUCAAAGCCAUUCUCAGUAUCCGAGACGAUAAACCACCUGUGGCCGUGAAGUAUUUUUUUGACUUCCUAGAGGAGCAAGCAGAGAAAAGAGGGAUCACAGACCCUGACACUAUGCACAUCUGGAAGACCAACAGCCUACCUCUGAGGUUUUGGGUCAACAUCCUGAAGAACCCCCAGUUCGUCUUCGACAUUGACAAGACAGACCACAUCGACGCCUGUCUCUCGGUGAUAGCCCAGGCCUUCAUCGACGCCUGCUCCCUGUCCGACCUGCAGCUGGGCAAGGACUCCCCGACCAACAAACUACUGUACGCCAAGGAGAUCCCCGAGUAUCGGAAGAUAGUGCAGCGCUACUACAAGCAGAUCCACGACAUGCCGCCGCUCAGCGAGCAGGAGAUGAACGCCCACCUCGCGGAGGAGUCGCGGAAAUACCGGAAUGAGUUCAACACCAACGUCGCCAUGGCUGAGAUAUACAAAUACGCCAAGAGAUACCGCUCCCAGUCAGAAAUGGAGACGCAGCACUUGGGGCAGGCUCAGUUCACCACUUCCCUCCGAUCAGCGGCUCCCUGCAUCCCUGUUUGCGGUUCCUCGGGACAAGAGACCAGGCUGCGGAAGCGGUAA